AAUCACAAUCCACGAUCCACAAAAGACAAAAAAAAAAAAAAAAAAAAAAGCAAAAAAAAGGAAAAAGAAAAAGAAAAAAAAACCGCCGGGAAAAUGCAGGCGACGGCGAAAAGAAUAACCGAAACUCAGGCGGCGGUGGGAGAGAAGAAGGUGAAGGAUCUGAUGGGGGACAAGAGGCGGCUGGUGGAGGUGCCGUACACCGCCUCUCUUGCUCAAACAAUGAACGUUCUAGUUGCCAAUCAUGUGGUGGCGGUUCCCGUGGCGGCGCCGCCUGGCCAUUGGAUUGGCGCAGGUGGUUCUAUGAUCAUGGAAUCUGAUAAGCGGACUGGGGUUCUAAGAAAGCAUUAUAUUGGUAUGGUCACCAUGCUUGAUAUCUUGGCUCAUAUUGCUGGCGAUGAUCACGAUGGCGAUGGCGGUCGUGAUGAUCUGAUUGAUCUCGAACGGAAGAUGGCGGUUCCCGUAUCCAAUAUUAUUGGACAUAAUGUUGAAGGUUUGAGUCUCUGGACUUUGAAUCCCAACACCAGCAUAUUAGAUUGUAUGGAGAUAUUCAGCAAGGGGAUCCACCGAGCCCUGGUUCCUGUGGAUGGGCAGGUUGAGGAGGCCGUAGGCGUGGAGCUGGUUGAGUCAGCGUCGAGUUAUAGAAUGCUGACCCAGAUGGAUGUCUUGAGGUUCCUAAGAGGAAAAGUGGCAGAAAUCGAAGGGAUUUUGAGGCUAAGUGUGAAGGAAAUGGAAGGGAUGAUGAACGAGAACGUUAUGGCAAUUACAGAUAAAACAAGUGUCAUUGAAGCUAUCAAGUGCAUGAAAUCUAGUUUUCUCAAUGCAGUUCCCAUUGUUGGAAGUACUCAACUCGGCGUCGACCAACAAAGCCACGCACAACUCUUUACCGGAAGAGGAAAAAAACUAGUAGGGACAUUCUCGGCAACGGAUCUAAGGGGGUGCCAUCUAGCGACGCUGCAAUCAUGGCUACACCAGACAGCGCUAGAGUUCACUGAUUUAGUUCGAAAGAGUCCAUUGUUGGAAGGGGCAGGGGUAGGGGUGAGAGAGCUGGUCACAUGUCGGCCGGAAAGUUCGUUGGAGGAAGUGAUGGAGAAGGUAUUGUCAAAACACGUGCACAGAGUAUGGGUAACUGAUGAACAUGGUUUGCUGCUUGGGCUAAUCUCCCUAUCAGAUAUGAUUAGAGUGAUAAGGCUUUCACUUCUCUCCAAAAUCCAAACCUAAUAGUCUUCUCAUUCUCUUUAUAUCAUAAUAUAUAUAUAUGUAUGUAUGUAUUUUGAUCUUGUGUUCUUUGUUCUAUGUUUUGUUUAUAUUUGGGUUUCCAUAAAAGAGCUUGUAU